AUGGGAAGCCCAAAGUCAGCACCAGCUAGCAGUGGCACUUACUGUUCAAAGUUUGAGCAGUACAAGGCAGGCAGCAAGCGUGUUGGCCUUGUCAUCGUUGAUGAAGUGAACGGUUUCGCAACUGUGGGCGCUGGGAGUUGCGCACCCCUCCGACUCAGCCCCCAGAUUGACAAAAUGAUUGACGAGACGGACCGGCUAGCGCGGCACUUCCUCGAUCGAGGUUGGCCCGUUUUGGCGUUCAUGGACCGGCACGAAGUUGGGGUGCUUGAGCCCCCUUGGCCGCGGCACUGCGAGAGGGGCAGCGGUGAGGAGGAGUUUGUGCCGCGUUUGAGAUGGUUGGACAAUACGAAGUGCGCGAAGAUCUACAAGAACUGUGCAGACGGGUUCUUGGGAGCGUUCCGAAAGGACGGGUCGAACGACUUUGCGAAGUGGGUCAAGGAAAAUGCCGUCGAGCACAUUCUGGUUGUGGGCACGUGCACUGACGUCUGCGUGCUCGACUUUGUCGUCAGCGCCCUCUCCGCCCGCAAUCACGGCAUGGUGCCCCCCCUCUCCGAAGUGUUCGUUUACACCGAAGGUUGCGCCACUUCGGACCUGACCCGGGAAGAAGCAGAGAAAGAGGGGACUACUCCUCAUCCCCAGGGGCCGACGCAUCACAUUGGGCUGUACGUGAUGUUGAUUAGGGGAGCUAAGCUGGUCAACGCAGUCCGAUUUGAGGACAUGAUCAGUGCAUUCCGCCAGGAAAUGCGGGAGGGCAUACGGGGGAUGGAGGAGGAUGAUGAUGACUCACAGCGUGUGACGCGCCUGAGCCUGGAUGAUGGCGGGGCUCUUCCGAAGCAGGCAUCCGGUGCGCCGCAGGAGGACGUCCAGAAAGCUGCGCUGGCUGCAAUAGAAGGUGUCUGGAACCAGCUGAAGCACGCGGACAGUACCAUGCGCCGCAUCCAUGAGACACAGGACGUGUCGGAGGGCUACCGCCAUUACCUGGACGUCAUGAAAGAGCCCGGAGGCCAGACUUUCGACUACGAGGAUGCGCCCCCUGAGGAGUUCAAGAAGAGGCUGAACAUCUUUGCCGGCUGGAUUCCGUUCCUGGUUGAACAGCUUAAGGACGACAAGAUCAAGUUCCUUGGAGCGCCUCCGUUCAUGGACUACUGUGGUGACUACGACAUAUGCUGUUUCAGUCAGGAGGAACAUGCUCAUUGAGGACCAACAGAAGCAAGACAAUCGAUGGUGAAUGUCAAGGAAUCUUAGCUGAGGGCGUCUUUUUAUGCUGUACAUAAACCACAGAAAGAGGGAAGGAGUUCAGUGGUUUUUUUCUAAAAGACUGCGGCAUGAAUACAAACAAGGAUUGCGGGCCUAACUUUUCCUUGCAAAUUUUUUGAUCAAAGAGCAAACAUAAGCGGUCUGUACACAAAGGUUGUGUCCAAUAAAACCGGUCUGUACAGCAACUUCAGCUGGAAUAAAUGACAUGCUGAGUAUCUUUCAAGUUUGUUUCGCUAGGUAUGGUAAAAGCGUCACUCAAUAUCCCCG